AACAUCGACCUUAGUCCACCUCUAACACGCCGGACAGCUGUUGAAAAAAUGUCUUCGACGUUAAUAAAAUGUUUUAAUUUAGCAAAAAACGUGGGAAAUGCGACGGUGAGAAGCUUUCUGGCUGUACCUAAGCAGCCAUGGCAAGCCUGCAGUGCGGUUGCCCUGCAAACGCCGCAUGCCCAAAUGCAGAUGCACACAUCCGCUGUUCGCCGGGAUCUGAUGGAGUUCUUUGACGACAAAAAGAACUGGAGCGAAAAUGAGGUCAAAGUCGGUCGUGCCUGGCGGACAGAGGAGUUGCGCAUUAAGUCCAACAAGGAACUUCACCAGCUGUGGUUCGUGCUCCUCAAGGAACGCAAUAUGUUGCUAACCAUGGAGAACGAGUGCAACGACAAAAUGGAAGUCUUUCCCAACCCCGAGCGCAUCGAUAAGGUGAAAAUUUCCAUGGAGAACCUGGAGACAGUCGUUAGGGAGCGCAACAAGGCCUAUCACCUGCUGGAAACAGGUGAAACGGGCGAGCGUCCUCAGAAGGCGGUGAAGAAUUCCUUUGGUCUGCAGGUCACUUACAAAUCCUGCGAGCACGCACUUCCGCCAUUUAUGAACCUCAAAUGGAUAAAAUCCCGCAACAUUGGAUUUGGCGGACGGGCCGUAAACAGAUUCCUGUUAAAGUACCGGGAGCAACUCUAUAACGCCAAGCGCAAGGCGAAGAACCGCUCCCGCAACGAAGUAAUGAUGAUCCUGCGCCGCAAUCCCAACUUUGACCUGAAUGUGCUGCGUCGCCAGUUUCCCGACGUUGAUGUGGACAAACUGUGCAACGAUGACAAGAUUAGAGGUCACUAUGUGCCCAAAGUUGGCUCUUAAGCCGGUCAGUUAUGCAGUUAUUUAGUGAUUAAAACAACAAAAUACCGUCAA